AUGGAGAAAAAUCACGAAGAAGUACUACGAGCCAAUCACCAAUUAUACCGCCUGCAAAAAGAACUGGUCAACUGGUGCGACGAAAUUGAUAAACGCUUGUACGAUAUGGACAACCAAUACAAAGUCAUUUUCGCUAAGAACAGAGAGGAUAUAUUUCAGUCAAAUAACAAUCCUCGCAUCUUUUCAGCUUCACAACCAAGGAGUCAAUUAGAAAGCAAAGAUAUAAACUUGCCGAGUAAUGUUUCAUGCAAUGAAUAUCCUUCACACGGAUUACAAAAACCAUACAUUUGUGACUUAUCUGACGAUAACAACAAGAAGCGACCACAUUCUAGUGAUGGUCAUCUACUAAGGAGGGGAAGAAAUACUUGUACAGAAAAUAAAAUAAAAGCGAUAAGUACAAACUCUUUGGUAGUGCAAAUGAGCCACUGUGGAUCUCCACUUCAUGUGAAUAACUCCGAAUGUGACAACCUAGCAAAUAACUUAUUACGAAUCAGUAUGCACAGCGCAACAUAUAAAUCAAAACAUCAACCUAUGUAUGAAAUUUUACCUAGAAUCGCAAACCCUAAUAGUUCUAAUUUUGUACCAAUAUACGAUCAAAUAACAUCAGGUGAGUUCAACGUCAAGUCAACAGAUAACAAAAUAAAAAACACUUUUAUUGAUUGGGAGAAAUUAUCUCUUAAUUUGGCUAGAAUACGAAGGGGAUCAUGUUCAAAAAUUCAUGAGUUGCACAAAAAUUUCCUCCAGAAAGGGAUGAGCCAGAAUCUUGAAAAUUAUUCAAAAUGGCUAAAACAGGCUAAAGCUCAUAUGAGGACUCUUCAAUCUAACUGA